AGACGGAAUUGUUGCGCCAGCUUUUGGCGCGAAGGUCACCGCCAAGCUCGCAAUGAUAUCCGCACUCGGUGGCGUAAGGGCGGCAUCAGAUUCCUCGUUGUAGUAUGGUUUGCUGGCCUCUGCCUCAGCAUCGCUAUUCUUUCUCAGCUUGGCACGUCCACUCGCUCGAUACCUAGUACCAAUUUUCUAGCUUGCCAGCCCGAUGGAGCAUUUGAUCUUUACCCCGAGUCGUUUCAAUACUGGUCUGGGUCGGGGUUUUUUCAGAUCACGCUCGGCCACGGCAAUCUGUCUUUCACCCAGGCUAAAGUCAUUGAUAUUGUUUGGGAUGUUGUUUGCGGGCGUGGUGGUCAAGCUCUUAUUGCAGUCACAUCGUGGAAGGUGUUUGCCAAGUAUGUGACAGUCUCUAUGGAAGUUAUGCCCGUUACAUUCAACACCUAUCGGACAGUAUUCCUACAAAAUGAUUCACAUGUGGUCGCUGUCCCACGCUUAGCUCGAGAUUUCACACUCCGCCGUGGGUUGCGCUCGAAGAUUGCAAUGGUGUUCAUGAUUGCUACGAUGAUCUUCAUCUGGAGCUUCCCAAGCUUUGCUGGUGCUAUGACUGGUUAUAGCGCGAACGUUAAGUCGUACGUGCUGGAUGAGAGCGACAAUUACAUUCCUUUCGACGGCUUCCGCCCUGUAUUAUACGUUAUUCACGACGGGUGGAGAAUCGGC